CCCCCCCCCCGCUCGCUGUCUGUCCCGGAUUGGAUUAUCUCAUCAUCGUGCAGCUGAGAUGUCUGCUCCGGACGCAGCAGGAACCCCGGGAGCACCCGACCCCGAGGGGGGGACUCCGGCCGCGGCCCCCAACCUGACCAGCAACAGGCGGCUGCAGCAGACGCAGGCGCAGGUGGACGAGGUGGUGGACAUCAUGCGCGUGAACGUAGACAAGGUCCUGGAGCGCGACCAGAAGUUGUCGGAGUUGGACGACCGCGCCGACGCCCUGCAGGCCGGCGCCUCGCAGUUUGAGAGCAGCGCCGCCAAGCUCAAGAACAAGUACUGGUGGAAGAACUGCAAGAUGAUGAUCAUCAUGGCCGUGGUGGGCGUCAUCUUGUUUGGCGUCAUCUUCCUUUAUUUCUUCUACUGACCUGAACCCGCGACGCUCCUCGGCUUCCCCCCUCAGUUCUCGUCCUGCUCUUCACCGACGUCUUCCUCGCCGAUGGGUCACAUUUGGCGAAUGAGGCGCGCUGACUGGAAAUCCCCCUCCCCCACGCCCCCCGCUGCAUGCAAAGCUGAAAACGUUUGACGACAUCGAAACGUGAAUUUGUGAUUUCACUUGUAUGCGAUUGCGACUGCGUGAUCUCAGCGUUGCUGUUUUUGUGAGUCUGUCUGUCCUAAAGAACGUCUGAAGGCGAUAUGCAAUGGAAAAUGGAAUUUGGAACGUUUGUACAGUAUACAGGUAUUUGUGUGUCUGGAGUGCCUGCCCACCCAACAAGUUUAAAAUUAAACUACCAAGUCAAUCUGAAAA